AAAAUAAGCUUCUAGACUAGGGCUUUCCAGAGCAGAGGAAGCUGCACAUUCAUGGAAUCUAUUCAAUACAAUCGGUGGGAGACCUCUGAGGAAUUUGAGAUGGCUGACACUAAGCGCCAAUGGCGUCCCUGGGAAGCUGGAUGGUGGGCAAAGCAGCUUCCUGGAGGCCGACCUGCCUUUCCCCUUUAUCUGUUAUUUUCUGUGACUUCUUUUCUGUGGAUAAUUCUCCUUAGUAUGCUGUUGUCCAAAGUUAUGGAAUUAUCGAGAGAGAUAGAGAACCUGGAUGAGCAACUGGAGAGAAUACAAGUCAAUGGGUCAAAGAAUUCAGAGAAGCUGGUAGCUCUUCAGGUAGACUUGAACUCCUCGGACAGCAAGCAUCAGACUCUAAAAGCAAAAGCUGAGACAAUGGCUGAGACGCUGAGAAACCUGCAAGAGAGUCAAGCCAGCCUGAGUACUACCCUGUCUCAGGAACUAGCUGAGGCAAGAGAAGAUCGAGAGAACAUUCGAAGUGAGAUGUUUCGUGGACUGGAGGCUGUGAGGAGUGAAAAUGGAUCCUUCUGUCAACCAUGCCCUAGUCCCUGGAAGGCCUUCCAAGGUUCCUGUUAUUUCUUCUCCAAGAUCAAGCUCACUUGGUCUAAGGCCAGGGAUGACUGUAUCCAGAAGAAAGCUCACCUAGUGAUCAUCAAUAACCGUGAUGAGCAGAACUUCCUGACUCCUACUGAGAGGCUGGGAUUCUGGAUUGGCCUCAGAAAAGUCAAAGAAGGGAUACAUAAGUGGAUUGAUGGUACCAGUCUUGGAUACACCAACUGGAAUGAAGGGGAACCUAAUGACAGCCAGGGGAGGGAGAACUGUGUCAUGAUGUUGCAUCAUGGCAAAUGGAACGACUUUACAUGUGAGGUAUCCUCUGAUAAUUGGAUCUGUGAGAAGAGGCAGACCUGUUGAGCUUCAGCAGUGGAAGAGACCAGGAGGUGGUUCGCUGGCUGAGCUCCCUCCCUCCACAACUCAGUCUUCAUGGAACAUAUGAUGUCCAGAUGUGAGCCCUCAAUAGACAUUACCUUCUCAGACUUGUACCCUCUGGACCAUGGAUCCCUACAAUUAUGCAGGGUUAUGGGGUCAACAGGUAUAUUUUGGGAGACCAAUAAAGUAUUUUCGUCCUUUGUUAGAAGCUUUUCUCCUACUGUACUGACUGGCCCUUACAUUCUGCUGAGUUGAAGGAUUGUCUGCGGAAGAGAAAACAUCUCCUUCUAGUGGCUGAUUCCCUUUUUCUUUCCAAGGCAACCCCAGCUGGACCUUUCGCUGAUUCUGGGUUUUCCAAUGUUGGCCUAGACUCAAGGAAACUAAGAAACAGCCCCUUAAUUCCUACCUUCACUAUUGUGCUUCCCUAUACUCCCUUAGGUCAAGCUACUUAAUUUAGCAAUGGAGAGACACAAUCAAUCAACUAAUUAGCACCAUUCAUCAACUAUGUCCCCUAUUCUAUGCCAAGUAUUAUGUUAGGUCCUUGGGAUACAAAGACAAAAAAAUUAGAACAAUUUCUGCUCUCAAGGAGCUUACAUUCACUGGGGACAGUGUGGACAAUACAUUUUGAGAAGUAUAGACAAAAAUAACAAAGUAGCUAAGAAACAUAAGACCCUAAAAUAAGAGCUAAAAAGGACCUCAGAGUUCAUUGAGUCCAAUUACCUCAUUUUCAAAUGGAGAAGGCCCAGAGUAGCUACGGAACUCACACUAAGUCACAAAGUAAGCAUCAGAUACUCCAUUUGAAAAUAGAUCUUUUAACUCCAGAGCCAUUUUUAUUUCUGUUAUAUUGGAAGGGGGUAGGAUAAAUAAAAGUUUUAUGUAGGAGAUGUUAUUUGACAUGAUUCUUGAAAAUGAAAGCAUUUUAUAAGUCAGAGCUGAGGAGUGAGUGCAUUCAUGAAUGAUAGCCAGUGUAAUAAAAAGGGAAGAUGGAGGGUCAUAUGUAAGGAACAAUCACAAUCUGUUGGGCCAAUCUAGAAUUGAGUUGAGUCUAGUUUCAUCUAGAUCAACCAGAGAAGUUGAUAUGUAGAAUAUGUAGAAACAACUAUAGAAUGGAUGAAGAGGAUGACAUAUGAUGAAACGUGAAAAAGUGCUUGAAGUCUAUGAAGGACUUUAACAGCCAGAUAGAGGAGCUGGUAUUUUAUUCUAGAAGCAAAAGGAAGAAGAUUUGAGGAGACAAGUUACAUAGUCUUAUCUGUAUUUGUAAAAAGUCAUUUGGCAAUUGUGUGGGGUAUGGGUUAGCAUGGAAAGAGACUUGAGGUAGGAAGAUCAAUUUCAAUAGUCCAGACAUACAGUGGCAAUAGCCUGAAAACAAGUGGUGGUUGAGUAAAUAGAGAGAAUGUACAGAAAGAGUGAUGGCAACUGAUUGGAUAUGUGAAAAGAGAGAAAGUAAGAAAUAAGAAAUGCUGCUCAGUGUAUGAACCCUGGAUACUAGAGGAAUGGCAGUGUCUUUAACAGAAACAAGGAAGUUUAGGAGAGAGGGAGGCUGAAAGGAAAAAUAAUAAGUCCUGUUUUUGACUUGGUGAAUUUAACGUUUGUGGAUAAUAUCCAGCUGGACACAGAUUCAUAGAGCAUUUGAGCUAGGAGAGAUCUUAGAACAUAGAAUGACAGAUUUCAGACCUAUGAUCAUUGAAAUGACCAGUCAUGGCAACAGAGGAUAGCUGAUGAAGACAGCCUCUUAUCUUUUGCUAAGAAGUGAUAGACUAGAGGUGAUAAGUGAGGCAUAUAUUUUCAGAUAUGGCUAGUAGAGUGUCUUAUUUUUUGGAAGGAAAAGCUGAGGCGGUAAAAAGAGAUGCAAAAAAGAAGGAAAAUAGCAAUAAAAAUUUUAAAUACAAAAAGAAAAUAAAAGUAAGCUCAGAAUUUUGUUACUACUGUGUCAAACUUAGAAUAAUACAAACAUUAAAGAACAAAAACUUGCCAUUUAAUCUACAGUUUUCUGA